GAUAUGCUGCUGGAGUUGCUUUUGUGCCGUUCCGCUCUCUCUGUCUCUCUGGCUUUAAUCUUUCCUUGGGACAAGACAUUUGCCUAAGGGAGAUGUGAAGAGGCUUAAAGUAUGGCAUGCAACGAUGGUUUCUGCCAAGAAGGAGAUGGUGACUGCGAUGUACCCUAGUUAUAUUUCGACUCUCUUCUACCUUUUCUGCCUGACUGCUUGUGUAAAGAGAAUAUCUGGAACGAUAAAAAAGGAUGAAAGACUAUAUCCCGAGAAUUUCACACGCAUUUUAGACCGACUACUGGACGGGUAUGACAACAGACUGCGACCUGGAUUUGGUGGUCCAGUGACAGAGGUGAAAACAGACAUUUAUGUGACAAGUUUCGGGCCUGUCUCUGAUGUUGAAAUGGAGUACACCAUGGACGUGUUCUUCAGACAGACAUGGAUGGACAGGAGGCUGAGGUAUGAGGGGCCUAUCGAGAUCCUCCGCCUCAACAACAUGAUGGUCUCCAACGUGUGGACUCCAGACACCUUCUUCAGGAAUGGCAAGAAGUCUGUGGCCCACAACAUGACUGCCCCCAACAGGCUAUUCCGCAUUAUGAAGAACGGCACCAUUCUUUACACCAUGAGGUUGACUAUCAGCGCAGAGUGUCCGAUGAAGCUGGUUGACUUCCCCAUGGAUGGACAUGCAUGCCCUCUCAAGUUUGGAAGCUAUGCAUACCCUAAAACAGAGAUGAUCUAUACCUGGACCAAAGGACCACAGUAUUCAGUGGAGGUUCCCCCAGAAUCCUCCAGCCUAGUGCAGUACGAUCUCAUUGGCCACACUGUCAGUAGUGAAGAGGUCAAGUCAAUCACAGGUGAAUACGUGGUGAUGACAGUGCACUUCCACUUGAAGCGGAAAAUGGGCUACUUCAUGAUUCAGACAUAUAUCCCCUGCAUCAUGACAGUAAUUCUCUCCCAAGUGUCCUUCUGGAUAAAUAAAGAAUCGGUCCCGGCUCGAACAGUCUUCGGCAUCACCACAGUCUUGACCAUGACCACGUUGAGCAUCAGCGCGCGCCACUCCCUCCCCAAGGUCUCCUAUGCCACAGCCAUGGACUGGUUUAUUGCCGUGUGUUUUGCCUUUGUCUUCUCCGCCCUCAUCGAGUUUGCUGCCGUCAACUACUUUACCAACGCAGAGAUGGAGAGACUGAAAAGGAAGCCGGCAAAAUGCCCACCGGCCCCCCAAACAACCCCAGUGAAAGUGAAGGAUAUGGAGGAAGUUCUGCAGCAUAACCCUGAUACCAAUGGGAACCUUCGCAAACGGAUGAACUAUAUGUCCCAGCAAGACAUCCAGAAAGCUGAGUCAAACAGCACAGCAGCUACAGGGGUAACCAGGAGACAACCCCAGUCUGGCCAAUCGUCUUCAUCCACGGGGUCGACUGGGGACACCAUCAUCCUACCCCACUCCAGCCCCGGCCCUGCCAGCCAACCGAACACCUCCUUCACCACCCUGUCCGUCAAGAACACGCCCCCGGCUCCACCCACCACCCCGACAAUACCAGCCAAUCAGAGCCAGCCCACUGCUGACUCCUCCCUCCAGGACCUCCUAGGACCUAGACUGGAGCACAUUCAACUGAUGGGUAAAAAUGAGCCCAAGCAGUCUCCAUGCUCCCAGCCGACCACCACCGGUAUGGGCGGGACCAGUAAAAUCGAUAAGUACGCUCGCAUCCUGUUCCCAGUGUCCUUCGGAGCCUUCAACAUGGUCUACUGGGUGGUUUACUUGUCCAAAGACACUAUGGAGGCCAAAUUUCGAGGCCAAAUCUAGUUUCUAGCUCCUCUAGGGGUGAUCUUGGGAAUCAUUUUCUACACACUGUAUAGUGACGGGAUAACAACAAUGGGUUCUCUUGAAUCCUAUCAGAGCUCUGGAGAAACGAAAGAUGACAUGAUAAGGAAACCAGACAUGCUGGACAAGAGCCUUAAAUAAUUACACCUAGGAAUACUAAUCUCAGAACAUCUGUUUGUUUCAUUUUUCUUCUGAGAAUGUGCAUGGUAACAAAACCAUUCCAAAUAUGUCUGAAUCAAACAAAUCACAACUAGGCCAUACCCUGAGUGGCCAUAUCCAAUAUGCAAUACAGUAACGGUUUGAUGGAUUGGUUAGUUUUAAUGUUAGUAAGUACCGUCACUGACGCAAAAUACAGUAAUUACUGAUCUUAGCGAAAACGGCUAAUAGAUCCCUCUAGUCUUAGCAGGCGUUGUUACAAUGACACAGGAUUAGGAGUCACUAUCGCCGAGGGUGAGCCGGACACACUACAAGUCACAAGGUGUCAAGAAGAACAGAGAUGCAUUGACAAGCAGAUUUGGGGUGUAUUUUCUCCCUUACUGAUAAACACCGGUAGAUAUCUGGGUAUGUUGUCAUUUGUUCUGGUAUCAGAUGUAGAUCCAUUUUGUCCACUCAAAUCUACUUUCCACUCCCAAGCCUGUACAGCAAACCUCGACCAAGCUUUGUUAACAAGAGUAGAAUGAGGUUACCAUACAUGCUGGCCUACUUUGCUCAGUACCCUACAAACAACAUUUCCAGGGGAUAAGGUUCCUCUAAGCCCUAUUAGUUCAAUAUUCUGAGUACAUUCCCUCCAACAACAUUCUAGGGAGUCUUUGGUUGAAUGUUCAACUAUGAAAUGAUGUGUUUUCCUUUUACGUAGUCUGUUUCUGGAACAGUGUAUUAAUGUAUUCAUUAAACAUAAAAUAAGAAUAUUGAUAACUCACAAAGGAAUAUAUUGUAGGAAUCUGGUGAAACCCUUUGUCUUGGGAACAUUUCCUCUGAGUUCAGGGAUGUUAAUUUCUUUGCAGCUGUGGGGGCCUGAUUGAGGGUUUUCAUGGGCCUUUCAUGUACGGUACCUGUUAUUGUCCAUCAUGAGGUCAGAGGAAGGGUCAUUCCCCAUAUCAUCAUUUGUUACAUUGGUGUAGAAUGCAACUAUGAGUCCAUCAGAGACCACAAGUUAUGUUGGUUAGGGACUUGAGAGAUCGGGAGGAACGUGUAUAGUGACUAUGCAAUUCUCUCUGGGCGUUUCCUAGUGCAUUAGCCUUGAGUGCUGAGGGUCUUUAGGGUCCUAUAACCAACUUUGGAUAGCUUUCCACUGAUAAGGUACAAAGUUCCACAUUUCUCAGUCCUAAAUGUGCUAUGUCCAUGGCAUCUAUGCAACCUCUCUUAUAGUAAAAGUAUACUGCUGUCUCCCUGAGGACAGCUCCGCUCUCGUUAUCAGCUGAGGUGAUGUCAUCUGCAGAGGCAUGGUUAGUGACUUUCCUAAUGCCUGGUUUCCUGCUAAUGGCUAUUAUCACCCAGACAGGUCUUACAUAGUUGGCCCCUCAGUCACUGUUGACAUAAUAGUGCAUUAAGUUCCUGCAGAUGGGGCUCAAAACAGAGAGGCUGAUAGACAGCUCAAUAUGUCUGCCUCAGCCUCGUCUCCUUGAUGCACUCGUGUGAAAUUGAUUCUGCACUCCCAACUACACACACACACACACACACAAUCACACACACACACACACACACACACACACACACACACACACAAUCACACAUCCACGUACAACACACACAAUCACACAUCCACGUACAACACACACAAUCACACAUCCACGUACAACACACACACUCUUUAAGGAACUUGUUUGCAACCGGUGGAAUGGUGUGUUUUGAUGCAUUUUGUGUUCUUUUCCCCAGUAUUUUCUCUCAAUAACACACCUUGCCUAGUGAUUGAUCAGGUGUCACGGGCAGUUCGCCUUGCUUGUUGAAAUAAUUUCAGGCUAGAGUUUAUUUGUUUUUAUUUCACCUUUAUUUAACCAGGUAGGCAAGUUGAGAACAAGUUCUCAUUUACAAUUGCGACCUGGCCAAGAUAAAGCAAAGCAGUUCGACACAUACAACGACACAGAGUUACACAUGGAGUAAAACAAAACAUACAGUCAGGUCUGCGGCCGGCUAAUGAAAGUUGAGUCUUACCUAAAGAGCUCCUGGUUGCUGUGUGGGAGCAGCGAAACAAGUGUAGCGAGUCUAGUGUAUAUACGCAGAGAGCUCUUGUAGAGGAUGUGGUUGACUGGUUACGUCUAAUACAAAAGCAUCCCCCUGGGUGCUCAGCCACAGUACAGCAGAGGGGGAGGGAGGUCAUUAUGCAGGCCCAAUAAAGGAACACAUCGACAUCACUUGUAUUCGUACAGGCCCUCAGAAUGUUUGGUCUACGUCUUGAAUAACUAAAUGAGACUGCUUAGAAGAAGACCUGUGGAUAUGAUGUGUUAACUCACAGCAAACCCAGGCCUAAUCUGUCCACUGCUUAAGCCCAAUGGUUGAAUAAAUGUUGCCCCUAAAGAUGUUCUCAGACAUGGUCCCGAAGGUCAGUAGAUCAAUUGAUGGGACAUAAGCUAGUUAUAAAAGCAAUGUACUUUCAAGUCAAUAAUAUGUGCGAUUUACUUUUCAGUGUAAUUGUGUUUUACACAAAAGACUCGUGUGGUUUGUGUUCUUAUGUGGCAAGCAUCAUUUCAGCUUGGAAAUCACAAUAGGCUUCCUCCACCAAUUUGAACAUGUCUGUCAUACUGGACUCCGAUGCUGAGCUUUGACUUUGUUUUCUGUGUUAGGGAUGAUUUCACAGACCUAGAUCAGCCUAGUCCUAUCUACUGCCACUGGAAGAGAAUCAGAUUUGUAAUUGACUUAGCAAUGUAAGUCUUUGUCUCUGAGAAUAACUGGAGAUAUUUUUUUUUCAUUGUGCAAGCAGUUAUGUGAGCAAAUAUCCAUAAAUGCUCCUUGGACUGCCUCCAGAACCAAGCCCAGGCGAGGAAUAAAACUGCGAGAGGGAUUGGGAUGGCAUACACGUAGGUGGAAUAAAAAAAGGCAUUGUUACUUCUUUCCAAGAGGUUAACCCUUAGACAAAAUGGUGAACUCCUCCUGACUGUACAUACUCACAACAAUAACCGAAUGUCUUUGUACAAAAUACUGACGUUGUGUGUUUUGUAGUCAAGAGAUUACCAUUGCAAUUGGCUAUGCAAGACGAACAUGAUAAAAUUGUGACAUAGUGCAGGUGCCCAUUCUGGGCCUUCUGAGAGGAAGUGACAUCACUCUCAGCCAAAUAAACUGAGUGCAUAAUGUGACAUUGAUGGGUCUGGUUUCUUGAUCUUCUCUUUCUAUAAUGUUAAAGUAAUUAAUAUGUUAUGUGGUCAGUCAUUAGGCUGUCAUUUUCCCAGCCACAUGUCUUCACCCUAUUUGGUAAAAAGGCUUACUGUGGUGCACAAAAGAGAAUCUGUGAGUCUCUUGGUAUAAAUGUUUAAUGGCAUCCAUAUUAGUACAACUUCAGUCAUGGUCCUCAAACCUCACCCCUUGCUCAGGUAAAAAAACAUCAACCAUCCAGUUCAGUUCUCUCUGUUUUUGGACUUCCUAACCCUUAUGGCUAAAAUGUUAGUAACUGCAGUGACAGCCCUGGCCUUCAUUUAAUAAUAUAUUGCCUGUAAAUAACAUGAACAGUUUGUUGGUGCUCGACUUGAGAGGUAAUUUCACAAAGCAAUUAAAGCAUAAUUAAGAAAAAUGACUUCAUAGAUGUUUGGCUGAGGGCUUGUCAUUGACAAGUGCCAGACAAUAAGCUGAGGGGCUCUGACUCAUGCUUGUUAUAACCUGCUGCUGCUAUCCCAAUUUUACUCACAUCUCCCUGGUUAGCAUGUCACAGCAGUCAAUGAUGUGUAAGCAACUUGACAACAACCCCAAACGGGAGUGAAAUGAGAACAUUUCUCAAUUAGCGGAGUAUUGUGUCUGAGUACAGUCUUGGCAUUUUAUUUCUUGACCCAGAACAGUUUUGACUGGUCAUGUAGUCCAUUUAUUUUUGGGGGGUUAUGGUAAGACGUUAUAUGUUUCAUCAUCAAGGGUUAUAUUUCAUUUACUUGAAAUUAUUGGAAUCCUACCUUGUUUCCUACCUUUGCCAAUAUCAACACACAUCCUCCUCGCUCCUCCCCCUGGUACAUAAAAAGGCAUAUCAUUUAGGUCAGUACACUAGUCUGUCCUGCUUUAAAUAUGUUUAGUGUUAUGCCCCCUUGCUGACAUUUAAUGAUGUUACACCAGAAUAUUAAAAUAAUGUGUGAGUGGUCAUUAUGAAGUCUUAUCAAGAUUUUAUACAGUCAGAAUUUUCUCGGUAAUGUCUUGCUGUCUAACCUAAAAAAGGAGAAUCGUGCAUUGUUCUCUUAGAAAAAUGUAAAACUUCAGGUGAAAUAGACAAUAGAAACUCAGAUGUAUUUUGAUAGUUUGUGACCCCUGAAGUGACCAGGGCAGGGGUCUCCAAUGGUGGAAAAAGUACCCAAUUUUCAUACUUAAGUAAAAGAUACCUUCAAAGAAAGUGACUCAAGUAAAAGUCACCCAGUAAAAUACUACUAGAGUAAGUCAAAGUAUUUAAAUGUACUUAAGUAUCAAAAGUAAAAGUGUAAAUAAUUAAAAUGACUUGUAUUAAGCAAACCAGAUGAUUUUCUAGUUUUUAUUUUAUUUUACAGAUAGCCAGGGGCACAGUUCAACACUCAGACACAAUUUACAAACAAAGCAUUUGUGUUUAGUGAGUCUGCCAGAUCAGAAGCAGUAGGGAUGACCAGGGAUGUUCUCUUGAUAAGUCGGUGAAUUAGACAAUUUUCCUGUCCUUCUAAGCAUUCAAAAUGUAACGAGUACUUUUGUGUGUCAGGGAAAAUGUAUGGAGUAAAAAGUACAUUAUUUUCUUUAGAAAUG